UGUUCGAAAAGACUAGCUCUGCGAGGAACAUCAAAGAACAGCGCUAAACACCGGGAUCAGCCAUUCCUCUCGAUAUUGGUCUUCGAAUCCCUCCGUACGGCAACCGGGGAUCAUGAUGGCGGACCUACACAACUUACCCUGGGUGGAGAAGUACCGACCGAAGACACUGGACGACCUCAUCGCCCACGAAGACAUUAUCUCGACAAUCGAUCGGUUCGUGACUCAGGACCGGUUCCCUCAUCUGCUCUUCUAUGGACCUCCUGGUACUGGGAAGACGUCAACGAUUCUGGCGACAGCACGGCAAUUAUAUGAGCCCAAAGAAUUCAGUUCAAUGGUCUUAGAGUUGAACGCAUCGGAUGACCGAGGCAUCGGGAUAGUUCGGGGAGAGAUCCUGAAUUUCGCGUCGACGAGAACAAUAUUCAACAAGAAAUUCAAACUCAUCAUACUCGAUGAAGCGGACGCCAUGACGCACGACGCCCAGAACGCGCUCCGCAGAGUGAUCGAGAAGUAUGCCGACAACGCACGCUUCUGCAUCAUCUGCAACUAUCUUUCGAAAAUAAUUCCGCCGCUGCAGUCGAGGUGCACGCGAUUCCGCUUCGGUCCGCUGUCAGUUUCCCAGAUGGUUCCCCGAAUCGAGAUGGUCAUAAAGACAGAGGACGUCCCGAUAACGCCUGCGGGGAAACAAGCGAUUGUCGAUCUCGCCGAGGGUGACAUGCGGAAAUCCCUCAACAUUCUACAGGCCUCAUACAUGGCUUUCUGCGAGCGGGGCAAGAUCGAUGAGACGGAGGUCUAUCAGUGCGUCGGUGCACCCCAGAAAUCGGUCAUAGCAGACAUCAUGACGCAUCUCAUGAACGACGAUAUAACCACCGCUUAUAGGAAGAUCCUGGAUAUCAAGACAAUGAAGAGCUUAGCCCUCCAGGACAUCGUCCACAAAGUCCAUCAGAGUAUCAUGGAAUUUGACCUCAAAGCGAAAGUGAAGAUUUUUAUAUUGUCCAAGCUCGGUCAAUUGGAAAAACGCUUGGCAGCGGGAUCUUCGGAGAACAUCCAAUUAGGUUCACUCGUAUCGAUCAUGUUCCAGGCCAGGCAACUGAUGUGAAGCUUCGCCGAGCGCAGACUUAUAUAUUCCUUAGCUGUUCAUAAUAAAACAUUGUUCACCUCUCAUACCUUCU